CAUCUCUCACCACCACUCUCUAUAUCUCUCAUUGACUUGGCACUCGCUAGCUUAGUGUGCUCGUCAAUGGUUUAUCUUCUCUCCCGAACCUCUCUCUGCGAUCUUAAGCGGUUCGAUUGAUAAGGUUUAUUCGUUGAUUGGAGAAGUUUCACCAUCUCUCUGCUUGUGAUCUCGAAUUUCUGAAUUCAUCGGGCGGUUGAUGGAUAACAUUGCGGGAUUCUCCGAUUCAUAUGAAAUCAGCAACACAAGCAGCACUAGCUUCUUCGCCACACCAGCACCUACGGAAAAGACCGAGUCAUCUAUUGUUUAUCCGUCGGAAGUUCUCGCCGGACCGGAGGUAUCUGCGUAUCGAUUGCUCUCCAACAGCUUCGAGUCCGUGUUUGACUCGCCGGAAGCGUUCUACAGCGACGCCUAUCUGGUUCUCGCCGAUGGUCGGGAGGUAUCUUUCCAUCGAUGCGUUCUCUCCGCGAGAAGCCCCUUCUUCAAGAGCGCGUUAGCAGCCGCCGAGAAGGAGCAAAAAUCCACAGUCGCGAAGCUCGAGCUGAAGAAAAUCGCGACGGAUUACGACGUCGGAUUCGAUUCCGUGGUGGCUGUUUUGGCGUACGUAUAUUGCGGCAGAGUGAGGCCGCCGCCGAAGGGAGUUUCUGAAUGCGCAGACGAUAAUUGCUGCCACGUGGCCUGCCGGCCGGCGGUGGAUUUCAUGGUGGAGGUUCUAUAUUUGGCUUUCGUCUUCGAGAUUCCGGAACUGAUUACGCUCUAUCAGAGGCAUUUACUGGAUGUUGUAGACAAAGUUAUCGUAGAGGACACUUUGUUCAUACUCAAGCUAGCUAACAUUUGUGGUAAAACAUGCAUGAAGCUAUUGGAAAAAUGUAGAGAGAUCAUUGUCAAGUCUAAUGUAGAUAUAGUUAGUCUUAAGAAGUCAUUGCCGCAGCACAUUGUCAAGCAAAUAGUUGACAUCCGUAAAGAGCUUGGUUUUGAGGCACCUGAACCAGAGAAACAUGUCUCGAAUAUACACAAGGCACUCGAGUCAGAUGAUGUUGCGCUUGUCGUUAUGCUUUUGAACGAAGGCCACACGAAUCUAGACGACGCGUACGCUCUUCAUUUUGCUGUUGCGUAUUGCGAUGUGAAAACCGCGACGGAUCUCCUGAAACUGGAGCUUGCGGAUGUCAACCAUAGAAAUGCGAGGGGAUACACGGUGCUUCACGUUGCUGCAAUGCGCAAGGAGCCAAACCUGAUAGCAUUGCUAUUGACAAAAGGGGCAAAUGCAUCAGAAAUAUCUUUUGACGGUAGAACCGCUCUCUUGAUCGCAAAACAAGUCACUAAGGCGGCUGAGUAUAAUUAUAUUCCGGAGCAAGGCAAGCCUUCCUCCAAAGGCCGACUAUGCGUAGAGAUACUAGAGCAACCAGACAAACGAGAUCCAUUUCCUGCAGACGUUUCUCCCUCUCUUGCAGAGGCUGCUGAUGUGUUGAAGAUACGGUUGAUUGAUCUUGAAAACAGAGUUCAAAUGGCUCGAUGUCUCUUUCCAAUGGAAGCACAAGUUGCAAUGGACAUCGCCCAAAUGAAUGGAACAUGCGAGUUUGUAGUGACUAGCCUCGAUGACUGUCUCAUUGGUGGAAAGAGGGCAUCACCAGACCAAUACAUGGCACCUUUCGAAAUCCUAGAAACGCAUCGGAGUAGACUAAGAGCGCUUUCUAAAACCGUGGAAUUCGGGAAACGCUUCUUCCCACGCUGUUCGGCAGAGCUCGAUGAGAUUAUGGACUCUGAGGACUUGAGUAUAUUGGCUUGCAUAGAGGAAGACACUCCUGAGCAACGACUGCAAAAGAGGCAAAGGUACAUGGAAAUACAGAAGAAUCUGCAAAACGCCUUUAGUAAGGACAAGGAGGAAUUGGGAAAGUCGUCUCCCUCAGCUUCGUCUUCUUCCACAUCGAAAUCAACUGCUACAAAGGGGUCUAAUGGUAAACUCUCACACCGGCGUCGGUGAAACUAUUGUUGGGCUGCAGGUGUGUUUCAACGAAAUGCUGGAACUUUUUGAAUCAGCGAUUUUCUGAACUGUGAUAUAUAUGUAUAUAUGUGUGUACAUGAAUAAUAAACCAUGACGGUUUUACAGAGUUGCCAAGAAUCAAAGUGCGAAAAAAUGACAAAUGGUUCAUCUACUGGGUAUUCCCUUUGCAACGCUUGUUGGUGCAGGGAGAUCAAGAAAUGAACACAGAAACCCGAGUCUAAAGUUCUUAGGACAGGGGGCUACAUCAGCUAGUAAUGGGUUGAAGCACACAAGCCCAUGAUGUCUCUGUUUUUUCAGAGACUGGUACUAAUAAGAGUUUCAGAUAUCUUCUUUUUGAUCUCCUUGAAGUUCAGCAGCACUGCUAGGCUUUUAUCCAGAAUUUGGUGCAGGAUCAAGUCAAGUGCUUCUUUUGGCAUUAUCCUCUAAUGAUGCAACCAUCCAGUAUCUCAAGAAGGUUCAAUAGUUUCUCCCGGAACCGCUUCUUUAUUUCUGAGCAAUUUCUUUGAUCUAUCAAUGGAGCUGCUUACCUAACCAUUUCGUCUCUCUUGAAAUACACUUUUUGGUUGGGAAAUGUCAAAGCCUCUGUUGCAUUAGCAAGCAGUUGAUAAUUUGCUAAGCGGUAGUAAGUUUUCGGUUUUCUGUUUAAGGAUUAUGAAAGAUUUUGUUUACCAAUCUAAAGAAGCAGAGGAACGAGGACAAGAGUGAGUGAUUUAUUCCGCAACCUUUGUUUCUCGUUCCUUUUUGAGACAGCAAGCCAAGAAAAUCAACAUCUUGGCCGGUUGGUUAUUGGCCCUUUGGCCACUACUAUGGAAUAUUCCCAUAAUGAAACUUAUUGGAUAAACGUCUCCGAAACAAAUUC